AAUAACAGACUUAGCAUUAGUCCAUCAAUAAUUAUUUGGGUUCGCGGUCCCUCGCCUCCGACCAGCAGACAACAUGGCAGCCGUAGGAAGGAAGGUCCUCCUCAGCAUCUCCACGCUGCGUCCUUUGGUGGCUGCCUCACAGGCCCGAGGUCUCCAUGGCGUCGCUCCUCUCACCUCGGCUAUUGAUAAUGGUGGCUGGCAAGCUCCUGUGAGCAAGCCGGAAGGCAGGACCACAGCCACCUUGAUCCCCGGUGAUGGUGUGGGGCCCGAGCUGUGCCAGGUCGUCCUUGAUGUCUUCCAGAACGCUGGUGUGCCGGUGGAUUUUGAGGAGCACUACCUUACUGAGCUUUAUGCCAGGAGGUCAGAGAGCCUUGAUGAUGUAGUGGAGAGCAUCAAGCGGAACCGCCUUUGCCUCAAGGGUAUUCUGGCCACCCCUGACCACAGCUCAGAUGGUGAGCUCAAGACUCUUAACAUGAAGCUCAGGGAUGAGUUGGACUUGUAUGCCAAUGUCGUUCACGUAAAGUCCCUAGAUGGCAUUAAUGUCCGACACAAGAACAUCGACAUGGUGGUUAUCCGUGAGCAGACUGAGGGUGAAUACUCAGCCCUAGAGCACGAGAGCGUUGUCGGAGUGGUUGAAUGUCUGAAGAUUAUGACCCGCCAGAAGUGUCGACGCAUUGCCAAGUUCGCCUUCGACUAUGCCACCAAGCACGGCCGCAAGAAGGUGACAGCAGUGCACAAGGCCAACAUCAUGAAGCUUGGUGAUGGCCUUUUCCUGAAGCAGUGUGAGGAGGUGGCAGCUAUGUACCCAAACAUCGAGUUCUCCAACAUGAUUGUGGACAACUGCACGAUGCAGAUGGUUUCCAAUCCGCACCAGUUCGAUGUCCUGGUGCUGCCCAACCUCUAUGGCAACAUCAUUGACAACCUCGCAGCUGGUCUUGUGGGGGGAGCUGGAGUCGUGGCUGGAGCAUCGUAUUCCAGCGAUUCUGUGGUGUUUGAGCCUGGUGCACGUCACACCUUCAGUGAAGCCGUAGGUAAGAAUGUCGCCAACCCAACAGCUAUGUUGCUUGCCUCGGCAAACAUGCUCAAUCACAUCAAUUUGCAGUACUAUGGUGACAUGAUCAGGGCUUCAGUUGACCGUGUCAUUCGCGUUGGGAAGGUGAGGACAAAGGAUAUGGGUGGUUUUGCCACAACAACAGCCUUCGCAAAUGCAGUCAUCGCCAACCUCCAACCGUGAGAGUGAGGCGUGUAAAGGCCAGAAGAACUUAAUAUCACAAUGACACUAGUAUUCAUAACAAUAGUUAAAAGAUAAUAGUAUUAUAUUGUAUAUAUCACUGCUACACCUUAGAUUAUCAUAUCUGUGAGGGCAGAAUUGUGACAGUGAAGCUUGUCUAGAAGUGUGGAUGAGCAGUAGCUCCUUUAUUUAUUAACUAGUGUGGAUAAUUAGCUUUUACUUUGUCACAACAAUAGAUUGAGUUGAGUGCAUGGCAACUAAUAUAGUUACUGUUACAAAAAAGGGGGAAUAAAUCUUAGCACACACACUGAACCAAAUAAUAUCUACCUAAAAGACUUGAUCUCUCAGUUCUUUGAAAUUCCAAACUGUUUUGUUGUUUAUGUUCAUAACCUUAAGUGUUUGUUAGGGUCCAUUCAAGAUACUC